AUGGUUUUCGAUUACAAAUCUGUCAUCAAAGCAAACAAUAAGAAGUUUCACUCUGAUACACUACACCAGUUUCUGGACCCAAAAUAUUGGGUUGAAGUGAAUAAAGAGCAAUUCGAGGUUCUCAUUUUGAGAUGUAAUGGCGUUAAAACUUGUUCUAAAUGUCCAAAUGUAUAUCCAGUCAGUUGCAAGAAAAAGCUAUGUAAGACUCAUGGUGAACAACUAGAAAAAAUUGGGUGUGAGGUAAAGUUCUAUCAAUUAAAGAAAAGGAAUGAAGCAUUAUUCUUCUUUACUGGCGAUGGAAUUCAUUCACACGAUGUCCCACCACCGAAUAAGGUUGACAAGGAUGAAGAACAAGCUAUUGUGUUGUCAUUUCAACAAAAUCCAACUCUUACACCAAAACAAGCUCUGCUUGGUGUUGGAACUCAUGAUUUGCCUUACCUUAGAAAUCCUGCUUUAUUGAACAUUUCCAAGUAUCAAAAUUUCAAAAGAAAAGCCCUUCUCAAAGUUUCAAUGGAUAAUCCUAAUCCAAUGUCUACAUUGUUUAAAGUAGAACAAGAAAUACCAAUUUUAUUGAAAGAGUAUUUUGAGAAAGAAAGUUUCACUAUUCAUGUCUCAGAUUUAAUGACAACAUAUAUGAGACAGUUUUAUUUCAAUGGUGUUGAUACUUUUGCUGUUAUUCAGUUUCCAAUUCAAUCUUUAAUCACUAACUCUUGUGAUUUUCUUGUGAUUGACUUGAAACACGCUUCCAAAUCAGGUCCAUUCACUAACUGUCUUGGAAUUUCAAGCUAUAUUGAUACUCCUAAAGGAGGUUUGCCAAUGCAUUUAUCUAGAAUACUAAUGGAUAACUUCAACUAUUAUCAAUCCUUCAAACUUUGGCUUAUUACUUUAGCUGAUGAUGGUGUAGAUUUGACUGAUUUAUUUAAAAAUCAACUAAAGGGUAUAUUGAUUGAUUUCUCUCAAUCUCAAUUAGCUGGAUUGAAAAAAGCCGUUGCAGAAUAUGUUGUCGAUGGAGAAAUGCUUAUUACAAAGCUAGCUUCUGGUUGCUUUGUUCAUUUUUUGAGAAGUGUCAAAAGAGCUAUAAAAACACUCUCUAUCUCUGAAGAACACCAAAAGCUGAUUCUUGAAUUGGCUAAAACUAUUCAAUUUGUCAAAACCAAGAAGGAGAUUGUGUCAAUAUUAGAUUCAAUUGUUUGUAUCGCUUCUUCUCUCGGUUCCUGGAGAAAUUGGUGGAUCAUUCCUGAAGUUUUGAAUUUAUUGCAUUCAGCUAGUCACCGUCAGAAUCCUGAAAUUGUUCCAGAUAACACAAAUAAUCAAGAGAUUCUCCAUGCUGUAGACGUUCCAUGCUAUUUCGCUAAUGCACUUGUUGAAUGUGCUAUGCUGUUGAAACAUGAUAUACUAGCAGUUUCCAAAUUUGUUGGUUUGAAUCAAGGAUUCAAGAUUUCCAACAUAUCCACAACUAAAGAGGAUAGAGAGAAAAGAAAUGACAGAAGAAAGGAGCUUAAGAAUGCUGCUCAAACAGCCAAGUAUGAUUCUAGACCACCUGAUAGUUUGACAAAUGGUUUAGAAGCUGGAUUUACAUCAGUUGAUGUUUUGAAAUCAUUUGUCAGCGCUUGGGAUAAGACAACUGUUACUGAGCUUGGUGAAAUCCUUGUUGAUGAUGAAAAAGAUGAAGAUUUCUUAAUGCCUGUUUCUCCAAAUCAUUCCUCAUCCAAGAGUACCAGUUCUCCUUCUACACCAAAGGCCAAGAAGAAGAGAAAGAGAUCUCCAAAAGCUGCCACUCCUACAACAAGUUCAAAUUCAGCUACUUCUCCAUCUUUCUCCAGACAGCUUAGAGAAAUAGCUAAACAAUCAUCCUCAACAGGAACUUCUCUUCCAAGAAAUCUACGUCCGAAUAGAUUCUCUCUUCCUGGCAGGUUGCAAUAA